AUGCCAAUCCUAUACUUAAGCUUGAUUUUCUUUCUUACUAUGUCUACUAUGGCCUCAGUCUCGUUGGCAUCCCUCAAAGUGGGCUUUUAUAGGACAAGUUGUCCUACUGCUGAAGUACUUGUGAGGAAAGCUGUGAACAAAGCCGUGUCAAGAAAUCCUGGCAUAGCUGCAGGUCUCAUUAGAAUGCAUUUCCAUGACUGUUUUGUUAGGGGCUGUGAUGCUUCCGUUCUACUAGAUUCAACACCUGGAAAUCCAGCAGAGAAAGAAAAUAGAGCCAACAAUCCAAGCUUGCGAGGCUUUGAAGUGAUUUACGAGGCAAAGUCAGAAAUUGAAUCUCAAUGCCCUCAAACCGUGUCGUGUGCAGAUAUUGUAGCCUUUGCUGCUCGUGACAGUUCCUAUAAAGUGGGUGGUAUAAAUUAUGCGGUGCCAUCAGGACGUCGUGAUGGCAGAGUAUCUUUGAAGGAUGAGCCUGACGUGAACCUCCCACCACCUUCCUUUAAUGCCAAGGAACUACAAGAAAAUUUUGAAAGAAAAGGCCUUAGUCUGGAUGAAAUGGUGACGCUUUCCGGGGCACAUUCUAUAGGGGUCUCACAUUGUUCUUCCUUCUCAACUCGCUUAUACUCUUUCAAUGCAACACAUCCACAAGAUCCCUCGAUGGACCCCAUAUUUGCUAGAAGCUUAAAAGCUAAGUGUCCCCCACCGUCAAAUGCCGGAGAUGAACGUGAUCCAACGGUGCCACUAGAUGUUCUCACACCAAACAAGCUAGAUAACAAGUACUACAAAGAUUUGAAGAACCACCAAGGCUUGUUGACAUCUGACCAAACUCUUUUUAGCAGCUCUUCAACGAAAAAUAUUGUGAGGAACAAUGCAAGGAAUGAUGCAGCUUGGGCCAACAAGUUUGCUUCAGCUAUGGUGAAAAUGGGUUACAUCGAUGUUCUCACAGGAAGACAGGGUGAGGUCAGGAAGGACUGCAGGUUUGUUAACUAG